AAAAAAAUUUUGUGGUUAUGCUAGUUAACUUGCGGCUGUGACGUUGUACACAUUUGUAUUUGUGUUGAACGAUUAAUUUACGACGUGAUUCCAAAUUUUGUUGCACGUUGCAUGUUUUUAAUUGUUAUAAGCUUCAUUGAUUAUUCUUCACAGAAUAUUAAGUCAACCAUCUUAUUGAAAGUGCUCUUGUUGAUAAAACACGUGGAUAUCUGAGCUACAGCUCAGUUUUACGUCGAAUGUUGAGAUUCAAAUGUCAUCGUAUCGCACUCCUAAGAGUGGUUCACACCACUUAAGACCACCAAGUACUAGUGUACCCUCUAUUUUAAGGAAAAAAAACGUUUCCACUUUAAAUAAUAUUCCAAAACCAAAAGUCCACUUUAACCUUGUUGAUAAUUUGAAGUCAUUGCUGAUUAAUUUCAAUCAAAAUAAUGAUAAAGAAAAAUUACAUUAUAACAAUCUAAUAUGUGACAUUAGAGAUGCUGCAGCAGAAAUUAAGGAUGCUGAGCUAGUGAAACUAUUAAAAGAUGCUAGAAAUUGUGUGAAUAUAUUAAAUGAAAAUCUUACACUUUUUGUUAAAGUAAUACUGAUAUUAAAAUGGAAGGAUAGAAGUGAAGAAGUUGUAAAUGAAUAUCGAGCGUUUUUGUUAGAUGUAUGUUCUGCUUACAACUACCAUACAAAGUUUGCCAUAGAACAGCUAGUGUCUUGUUUUUCUCAAGUUGAUAAUUCUAUAAUUGAUAGAAUAUAUGGUAUGCCAAAUGAAAGUGAAGAAAAAGGAUAUCAAAAUGUGCAUGAAACACUGAAGGCUUUACUAAAUACUAUACCUCUAUCAAAAGACAUAUUGAUGACAACUUUACAAAAGAAGUUUCCAUAUAAAAAAAGCAGUCCUGAAGUACAUUUACAUUAUGUGCACAACUUGUUGUUAAUUACUCAGUAUGAACCUUCUUUAAGAAGAAAUAUAUUGAAUUUAAUGAUUAAUAAAUUAGUUGAAAUUGAUGUACAUAUUCCAAAAGAAGAAUUAGAAAGAUUGGGGUCCUGUUCAAGUAAUGAAAUAGAAGAAAAUAUUUUUGCUAUGGAUGUUGAUGGAGAUUGUAUAUCAGCAAGUCCUGAAAUACAAGAAUCAGAAUCUUUUGUGUGUACAUUAGAUAUGUGUUUAAAGAGAAUAUUUGAUUACAUUAAAACAUUUUGUUAUGACAAAGAAGGAGUAUUAUUGUGGGAUAACACUAAGCUGUUGUAUCAAGAUCUUUUAUCAGUAUUUGAAAGUGAAAUUUUACCCACUUAUGCUAGUAGUCAUGUACAAUAUAUUAUUUAUUACUUUUUGAGUUUUAAAUUUAUAUUAGCUGAAAAAUUUAGUUGUUGGUUAUGGAAAAAGUGCUGUGAUGUGUCUGCCCCAUCGACUAUUCGUCAAGCUGCUGCUGGAUAUUUGGCUAGCUUCAUGAGUAGAGCACCUUUUAUUUCUAUUAACGUAUUGAAAAAUACUGUUGGUGAUAUGUCUGUUUGGUGUAAUAAUUACAUAAACAGAGUUGAUAAAUCAGUAAAAGUUGUUAAUGAAGAACUUUUAAGAUGGCACGCUGUGUUCUAUUCUUUGUGUCAAUCAUUAUUUUAUAUAAUUUCAUUUCGACAUGAAGAUUUAAUGGAUAGUAAAAGAAAUUUAAAGUUUAUGGAAAAUUUAAAUCUAUCAAAAAUAGUGACUUCUCGUUUAAGCCCUUUACGACUGUGCUGUGCAAGAGUUUCAAGUCAAUUUGCUUUAGUUACAAAAAAUUAUCAACUAACAUAUUGCUAUACUGUUAUGGAUGGGCAUAUUAGAAUCACAGAGCAAUCUAUUAAAGAUGAAUGGCUUUAUGCAUUUUUUCCUUUUGAACCUUAUGUUUUACCAAGAUCAAAGAGUGUAAUAAUGUCCAAUCUCUUUAGAAACUUUGAUGAUAGCUUAAGCCGUAGUCUGACUACAGAAGAAGACGAAGAGAAAGACUCAUCCCUAAUUGAAAAUAUGGAUAUAAGUCCAAGUUUACUAUCUUCAAGCUCUCCUGCAAAAACUGAUUGGUUAGGUCAUUUAAUUAUUCAUCAGAAUCCUCCCAUAUUAUAAAUUGGUUAUAAUUUUAUGUUAAUAAAAUUAAUUUAAAACUAUAAA